AGUCCACCACUGAUAAUGACGAAGUAGAAAGUGACCAUGAUUUUUCGAAUUUUGAGCUUGCUUACCGAACUCUUGACCCCUCAAAAAUGUGGGUUCUCAAUUCAUCUGGGCGUGUCGUCGAAAAAGUGAUAUACGAUCAUGCACGAAAAUUAGAAUACGAUUCUUACUUACACUCUUUCAUUAUAAACGAUGCUGAUGAGGAGGCAAAAAAACUGUUUAACAAAAAUGAGUGGAACGAAAUACUUUCCUCUAAUCCAAAACAAGUACCAAAAAUCGACGAAAACAUUGUGAAUCUCUUGAAAAAAUACAACGUAGACAAUUUACCCGCCCUUCAAGAAGUUAUUUUUGAGCCCCUUUUUUCUGAUAAUGUUCCUUAUUCAACAGAUUUGGAUUAUAUUAACCUUGC